AAAGCAUCCACUAAUGUAAGAGCCGCGCCACUGCAGCGGCCAAUUCCCCCAAAAUUCAAUUUAAAAGUUCCCCCUUUCUCUUGAAUCAAUCAAUUAUCCAACCGUUUUUGUUUGCAGAUAAAGUGGAAAAGAAAAAGAAUGCAGAUCCAGGUAAAGUGUAGUUGUGGGGCAGAGAAGUGCCCUGAAUGGGCAAUUAUCGAAUUGCAAGGUGUGGUUGAAGUGCAGCCUUCUUUCCAGCAUUCUCUCCAAAACCUCCAAAUCGGACUGCUUUGUCGCCCUUCUUCCCAGGAGAAUUACACUUUCACGGUCGGCUAUCAUGAAUUAACAGGGUACAAAGUGGCCCUUAAGAAGCCCAUGGUGGUUCUCAAGAAAAUUAAGUACAUGGACGUGGAGCGGCAAAUUGAUGAGGCUACUUCUUCUUCAUCGUGCGUAGAGCUCGAUGUUGUUGGAUUUAUUCGCCACAAGAUUUUGUUCAAGACCAGGCCCACGGCCUUGAUCUCUGGACCACAACCCACUGUUAAGGAAAAGAUUAAUGCGGAAGGUGCCUGAUGGCACUUGAAUGUUUCUAACUUGCUAAAUGCUUGUUUAAUUAACUAUGUCAGUGGUGCUUCUAGUUUUGAGAUGCUUUCUUUUGUUUUGUUUAAUUAACUAUGUCAGUGGUGCUUCUAGUUUUGAGAUGCUUUCUUUUGUUUUUGCCCCCUUGAUCUACUCAUCGUCUAGGUAGUCAUGUUUUGAUUGUGUAAUAUUAAUUAAUUGUUUUAUAUAAAUUUUGAUGACACUUGUUAAAUCUCCAUUAAUGAAGUCUUCGCAGAGUUGGUAA